UCUGUUUUGACACAACACCUCAUAAUCUUCUUCACCGCUCUCCAAUUUUUCUAAACAGCUUCAAAUUGUAUCGUUAGUUGAAGAUGAAGUUCUUCAGCUGGAUGCAAACUAAACUAAAUGGCAGACACGAGAAGAAAAUCCCAAAUACAUUCUCUACUUCUCAGCUUAAAAAACAAGAGUCUCGUGAAGAGUUCAGCGAUUGGCCUCAUGGGUUGCUUGCAAUUGGAACUUUUGGCAACAAUGAGAUCAAAGAUGAUUCUGAGAGAAGACAAGACAUACAGGAGGAUCCAUCUUCUUCAGAAGAAAUAAUAGAUUUCUCUCCUGAAGAAGUUGGUAAAUUACAGAAGGAGUUGACAAAGCUUUUAUCUCGCAAACCGAAUCCCGAAAAGCAGGUUGCAGAUCUUCCAUUGGAUAGAUUUCUCAACUGCCCUUCAAGCUUGGAGGUCGACAGGAGAAUCAGCAAUCCCCUCAGCUGUGAUUCUGAUGAUAAAGAUGAAGAUAUUGAAAGGACCAUUAGUCUUAUAAUUGGCAAAUGUAAGGACAUUUGCGCCGAUAGUAAAAAGAAAGCGAUCGGGAAGAAAUCCGUGUCGUUUCUGCUCAAAAAGUUGUUUGUUUGUAGAAAUGGCUUCACUCCUAUACCACCACCAAGUUUGAGAGAGACUCUACAAGAGUCAAGAAUGGAAAAGCUCUUAAGAACAAUUCUCCAGAAGAAGAUUGCCCCACAAAACGCUUCUCGAUCGUCAUCGUCGUUGAAGAGGUACAUAGAGGUAAAACAGUCACCAAAAAACAGAAAUGAAGCAGAAGAAGAAGAGCAGAGAAAUGCUAAAGAUGGAUCCAAAUGGGUCAAAACCGAUUCCGAGUAUAUUGUUCUUGAGAUAUAAUUCCAUCUCCUUCUCUAACCAAUUCCCCAUCCAACUGAUUUGAAGAAGAUAUUCAAACUCCACCCUUUGAUUUGAUGAUAUGGAUCCAACAGUUGAGAUGUUGUUCAUCACAG